UGGACUACAUAUAACAAUGAGAGUUUGUCCACAGGUGACCGGCAAGUGCGGAUCAGUCCAGGUGCGUCUGAUUCCCGCACCUAGGGGUACAGGCAUUGUAGGAGCUCCCGUGCCCAAGAAACUGCUGCAGAUGGCCGGUAGGGGUAUUGAAGAUUGCUACACCUCAGCCCGUGGGUCAACCGGACACACUGGCACACUUGGUAACUUUGCCAAGGCCACGUAUGCUGCCAUCGCUAAGACCUAUGCUUACCUGACACCAGACCUGUGGAAGGACAUGGCUCUGAGCAAGGCUCCAUACGCAGAGUUCGCUGACUACCUGGCCAAGAAACCACCGCCCUGCGCACACACCAGCCGCACAUGUUGAUCAGUAGAUGUGGAUUACUGUUGGAACAAUAAAUUCCAUCCACGCUUGA